AUGUUGUGGCAUACUCGCAGAGAUGGCGUGCGCCGUCUGACCACGCUCGCACCGCUGCUUUUGGUCGUCGUUUUCGCACUCUUCUGCACACUGGCUUGCGCGUUACCAUCAGCAACAGGCGACCGCAUCCUCGUUGUGGUUGAUCAGAGCGCCAAGAGCACCUACUCGAACUUGUUUGCAUCGUUAAGCUCGAGAGGAUACAAGGUGGAUUUCAAAGCACCUCGCGACACCAAGCCGGAGCUGGUGCAACACGAUGUGCUCUCGUACGAUCAUCUGAUGCUUCUUUCUCCCGCUAGCAAGUCGUUGGCGGCUGACCUUUCACCACAAAAGCUCGUAGAGUAUCUCAAGGCGGGAGGCAACAUGGUGGUUGGCUUGGACUCGAGUGUAAGCGAGAUGCAGCGCGAUCUGGCUCGCGAGUUCUCGCUCGAGUUUGAGCAACGAGGUAGUGCAUUGGUGGACCACUUCCGAUACAGCAGCGAGCACGAUGCUGGUAAUCACACUGCAGUUCUCGUCGGCGGCAAGAGGUCGGCGCGCACCGCAGGUCUCAGUGGUGGAGGGCUGGUACAGAACAAGAACGUGUUUUCGCAAGUGACACUUGAAGCGGUGGAGCAGUCACCUCUGUUGUAUCGCGGCAUCGUACAUCGAGUAGGUGCCAAUCCACUCGCGUUCCCACUCAUUGUUGCGCCCGCGACGAGCUACUCUUCCGAAGUGCCUUUGUUGGCCAAGGAGCAACUGGAAGCAGUUGAGUCGACUUCGUACUCGACACCAGCGCCUGUCACUGUGACCACAACCAAGAUGGUCGAGGGUGAAACAGUGACGUCGGUGACGCUCUCGACGCCGCGUGCGGUGGCUACGGUGAUCAAGCGCGAAUCCACGAGCAAGCUCGGCAAGGAUGGCUGGGUUGCUAAGAAGCGCAACAGCGUGGAUGCGCUCGAGGCUCGCAAGGAGCUCGUUGCGGGUCUUGGCACCGGCAGUGGCUCUACGCACGCGCUAGUGUCGCUCGUGUCGGGCUUCCAACUGGCAUCCAACAGCGCACGAGCGGUUUUCGUCGGAUCGACCGAGAUGCUCUCUGACGCGUUCUUCUCGGAUGCAUCUUCGGGAUCGGUCAACCAACUGGUGGUGGCGGAUCUGACCGCCUGGACAUUCCAGGAAAAGGGCGUGUUGAAGCUGAUUGGCACUCACCACCACCGCGUGAAAUCGGGCGCAACGGACACGCGUCAAGACUACGAAGAGACGCAAGAGGCCAAUAAAAUGUAUCGCAUCAACGACCAUGUCUACUACAGCGUCGAUGUGGCCGAGCAUGAUGCGCAGUUGGGGUGGAUCGGCGCUAGCAACCAAUUGGAUCUUCAGGUGUCGUUCAAGAUGCUCGAUCCGUACAUUACCGCGCAUCUGGCACCUGUGGACGUGGACAGCACAAACUCCUCUUGCGUCGGUUUCAACUCGACUGGCGCUAGUCCCGCGUUCACGCGCUUCGCAACCACGUUCCAGCUCCCUGAUCGACACGGUGUGUUCUCCUUCAUCCUCGACUUCAAACGCACCGGCCUCUCGUUCCUCCAUGCCAAAGACACCGCCCCCCUGCGGCCGUUCAACCACGACGAGUAUCCGCGCUUCUUGUCCUCCAGCUGGCCGUACAUCACCGGUGCCUUCUCCACUGUAACCGGCUUCCUCGUCUUCUGCGCCCUCUGGCUCACCAUCCGCGACCACCCCGGUCCCGCCAAGAAGAACAACUAG